AUGACGUCACAAAAUCGUCUAGCCGAUGCAGAAAUCAGUCGGUUGUUGCAUGAAACGAGUGAUGAAGAGAUUCAGGGGUCGGACAGUGAAAUUGAAGACAAUUUAUUCGAAGAUGAAGUACAGAGUGAUGCCGAAGACUGUGACGCGAGUGCUCCACCAGUGAUAAACCCAUUAGAUGCUAAAGAUGUAUCUGAAAAUGACCCUGAAACUCUUGAAAGUGCUUCGCCAAGUAUGCCGAGUUAUAUUGUCAUGCCACAACGUCAAAUUCUUAGAGGCAAAAACGAUCAUCGUUGGACGGCCACUAAAGGCAGAACAAGUGGCAGAGUAUCGUCUGCUAAUAUUAUACGGACAUCUAGGGGUCCAACUCGGAUGAAUAAAUGCCUUUACGAACCUUUAGAAUGUUUCAGUAUAUUUAUUACUGAUGACAUUGUAGAGGAGAUAACAAAAUGGACCAACGCUGAAAUCCAGCGGAAGAUUCAAAGACCUGAUGUAAAAGCCACCUUUAAAACUACAACUUGCGAAGAAAUUCGGGCUCUUUUCGGCAUUCUAACACUAACAGCUGCUAUGAAGGAUAAUCAUUUGACAACGGAUGAGCUAUUUGAUUGUUCCUAUUCAGGAAACAGAUAUGUUGCUGCCAUGAGUAGAGAUAGAUUCGAUUUUCUUAUAAGGUGUUUGAGAAUGGACGACAAAUCUUUGAGGUCUGAACUAAGGGCUACUGAUACAUUUGUACCAAUUAGAAAAAUAUGGGAGAUCUUUAUAAGCCACUGCCGAUCCAAUUACAUCCCCGGACCUUAUGUAACUAUCGACGAACAGCUUUUGGGUUUUCGGGGUCGGUGCCCUUUUCGAAUGUACAUUCCUAAAAAACCUAAUAAAUAUGGGCUAAAAAUUGUUAUGACUUGUGACAGUGCCACGCGAUACAUGAUUGAUGCUAUGCCAUAUCUAGGUAAAUGCACUCAAACUAAUGGUUUGCCACUUGGUGAAUUUUACGUUAAAGAACUUACAAAAGCAGUUCAUGGCAGUAAUAGAAAUGUUACAUGUAAUAAUUAUAUAAUAAUUGGUUCACAUCAGUUCCAUUAG